AUGAAGGUGGCCUCCGCCGCAGCGCCCGCCGCGUCGCCCGGCCCGAGCUGCGCCCUCAAGGGCGUGCGCCUGGGCGCCGGGGGCGCGGGCGAGCCGGCGGCGCGCUGCGUGUCGGAGCAGAGCGUGUCGCUGUCCCGGGCGGGCAGCCCGCCCCCGCGCGGCCUGCCGCUGUGCCCCGAGCAGGCGGCCGCCGCCGCCUCGCUGCUCACGGACAUGAAGGGCUGCUACUCGCGGCUGGCGGCGCUGGUGCCCACGCUGCCCCGCCACCGGCGCGUCUCCGAGGUGGAGAUCCUGCAGCACGUGAUCGACUACAUCUGGGACCUGCAGCUGGAGCUCCAGCACCCACUGGGUGCCGGGCCGCCCCCGCCGCGGGGCGCGGACGAGCCCGCCGGCGCCGGACCCGGACCCGAGGCUGCUUGUGUCAACACCGAUGAGCGAAUCUUGUGUCGCUGAAGCGCCUGUGCGGACCUGCACGAGUUCCUGGAAGAAGCAAGCUUCUCAUUGCCCCUCCAAUGGAAGGGACGUGAUGUCUGGACCGUGUGUGGCUCCCAGUUCUGUCGACCUAGUCUGGAGGGCUGUGGACAUUUUGCUGGAGGCAAAGGAGAGAUGGGACCAUCUGUCCUAAGACUGGAAGGGUGGGUUGUGGGUGGCUUGCCCAGGAAAGAGGAACCAACAGGAGAGAAUCAGAAGGGAACUUCAACACCCUCCCGCGGUUUCAUGUUUCCCCAGGGCAAGGCUCUUGUUUCUUGUUUGUUUUUUGUUUAAAAAGCAGAAUGUUAACUUUCUAAAUAUGUCUCAGAUUUCUGAGAAUAAUUCCUGUAUUGUAUAUUACAAUGAGGUGCUUCUGAGAAUAUUGUUUUACAAUAGUUUGAGGUUUCAUUAUUAAACAAUGCAUAUUGCUGUACAAAA